CUAGGAGAAAACAAAGCUUAAACACUGUGCACGACCCACGUUUGUUUGCAAGAAUGAAAAGAAAUGGCCCUUGAAAAACCGAGGCGUCAGGCGUUUGAAAAUUUGGCAGAUUCGAGAGAAGUACAUAAGUAGCUAACGGUUCGUAGGGUUCAUUAACUCUCUCUUCUGUUCUGUCCUUCACUAUUCGUUGACGGAGAGAGAGAGAGAGAGAGAGAGGAGCUCGGAUAAGAAGAGUCCAGAAAGAAACGAAGAAACAGAGAGAGAGAGAGAGAGAUGGGGAGGCCACGGUGCUAUCUGGACAUAAGCAUAGGAGGAGAGCUGGAAGGGAGGAUAGUGGUGGAGCUCUACAAUGAUGUGGUGCCGAAAACCGCUGAGAACUUCAGGGCUCUCUGCACCGGCGAGAAAGGCAUUGGUCCAAACACUGGCGUGCCCCUUCACUACAAGGGAACCCGUUUUCAUCGUGUUGUUAAAAGCUUUAUGGUGCAAGGUGGAGAUACCUCUGCUGGUGAUGGCACGGGGGGAGAAUCUAUCUAUGGCUUGAAAUUUGAAGACGAGAAUUUUGAAUUAAAGCAUGAAAGGAAAGGAAUGUUAUCUAUGGCUAAUUCCGGUCCUAACACAAAUGGGUCUCAGUUUUUCAUCACGACAACUCGCACUUCUCAUCUAGAUGGAAAACAUGUUGUGUUUGGGAAGGUAGUUAAAGGAAUGGGAGUGGUGCGAUCAAUUGAGCAUGUUACAAUUGAUGGUGACCGUCCUACUGCUGAUGUCAUAAUUGUGGACUGUGGAGAAAAUCUUGAGGGGGCAGAUGAUGGAAUAUCUAAUUUUUUCAAAGACGGUGAUACUUAUCCUGAUUGGCCAGCUGACCUUGACGAGAGCCCAAACGAGCUCUCCUGGUGGAUGAAUGCUGUUGAUUCUAUAAAGUCUUUUGGCAAUGAGCAUUACAAGAAACAAGACUAUAAGAUGGCUCUUAGAAAGUAUCGGAAGGCUUUACGCUAUCUGGAUAUCUGCUGGGAGAAAGAAGGAAUUGAUGAAGAGAAGUGUUCAUGUUUGAGAAAGACAAAGUCACAGAUUUUCACUAACAGCUCUGCUUGUAAGUUGAAAUUAGGGGAUCUGAAAGGAGCUUUGUUAGACACCGAAUUUGCAAUGCGUGAUGGAGAUAACAAUGUGAAAGCUUUGUUCCGCCAAGGUCAGGCAUACAUGGCACUUAAUGACAUUGAUGCUGCUGUUGAAAGCCUCAAGAAGGCAUGCGAUUUGGAGCCAAAUGAUGCUGGAAUAAAGAAAGAGCUUGCUGCUGCUAAGAAGAAGAUUGCUGAUAGACGUGAUCUGGAGAGAAAGGCAUACAGCAAGAUGUUCCAAUAGCAGAUUGGCAUUCAACUGGUUUUGCCAGGGAUCCGAGGAAAAUAACAGAUCCUUCACACCAAAUACAAUUGUACAAAAUUGAGGAUUGAGAAAAUUCUUAGAUUUUUCUUAUCAGAAAAAUCAGAAAAAUCGGGAGAGCGUAGCCGUAAUACUUUAGAACUGGCUAACACUAAUGAACUGUUCCUUGAUGAAAAUUUGAUCCGAACGAUUUUGUUUACAAUAAACUUUGGACUUUAAGUUUACAA